AUGGAUACACAAGUCUAUUCUCCAAGUGAUGUCGCAAUUGGUUCAUUAACAUUUACAAAUUAUACAUCAGAAGAAAUUCGUCGUCUAAGUGUCAAAGAGAUAACAUCGGCACAAGCUAUCGAUCGUCUAGGAAAUCCCGUUGCUGGUGGUCCAUAUGAUUUAGCGCUAGGACCAUUUGAUAAAAAUGAUCGUUGUUUUACAUGCUAUCAAGGUUUUGUUCAAUGUCCUGGACAUUUGGGUCAUAUUCAACUUAUAUUACCAGUCUAUAAUCCAGUAUUUUUCAGAAAUCUUGUCAAUUUAUUACGUGGUUGUUGUUUACAUUGUCAUACUGUUUUAUGUUCAUCAGCUGAAAAAUAUUUAUUUUCAAUGCAAAUGCUCUAUUUAGAAGUUGGACAACAAGAACAUAGUCAAAAUCUAGUCACAAUCUACAAUAAAUGGGUGUUAGAUAAAAAAGCUUUAGAUACAUUUUAUGAACAUAUUAAUGAAUAUAUUACACAAAAUCCAUUUAGAAAUUCUAUGAAGAAUGUUAGUCAGUCGUGUAAAAAUUUAUGUGCAGCAAAACAAGAUCUUAUUAACGAUUUUGAGUAUAAAUCAUUUAAAACAAAAAAAAAAUUUUGUCCAAAUUGUACUACACCUGUUCGUCAAUUACGUGCCGAUGGUCACUGUAAAUUAUUUUAUUCACAAGCUGUUUCAAUCAAACAAAUAAAAGCUUAUCAAGAACGAUUAAAUGCGCAAAGACGUUCAAAGCAGUUUAAUGGUGAUUCGUCAACGAUUAAAGAUGAAGAAGAAGUUAUCGAUGAUAAAGAAUCAGUAUUAACUUCAAUUAAUGAAGAAGUUUCUAAAAUGUCUGGUCAGUUGUAUAUGACACCGUUAGAAGUGCUGAAACAAUUAGAUAAAAUAUGGUUAAAUGAAAAAGAAUUGCUGGGAAUGUAUCUAUCAAAUUUAAGACCACAAUUGACAACAACGUCAACAAAUAAUCCCAUGAGUCUGUUUUUCUUUGAAUCAUUGCCUGUUAUUCCAUCCAAAUUUAGACCGGUUUUGAUGUUUAAUGAUCAAAAAUUUGAAAAUCCCAAAACGUUACGCUAUUCAUCGAUUGUUGAAGACAAUCAGUUGAUGAAAGAGUUAUUAACACUUAAAAAUCAAGCACCAGAUAUAACAGCGACACCGCCACCAACUACAUCAUCACAUCGUUCUUCGCUAUUGACUACAUUACGUGGUGCAACAACAGAAGAAAAAUUAAAUAAUCUAUGGAUUAAAAUGCAAAUAACAGUGAAUUCAAUAUUUGAUAGUGCUCUAGAUAAACGAAAUGCAAGAGUAGCAAAGGGAUUUAGACAGGUUGUUGAAAAGAAAGAAGGUUUAUUUCGUAUGCAUAUGAUGGGUAAACGUGUCAAUUAUGCUGGUCGUUCAGUUAUCUCUCCCGAUCCAUUUAUAGCCACGUAUGAAGUUGGUAUCCCAGAAGUAUUUGCAAAAAAAUUAACAUAUCCUGAAACAGUAACACCAAAUAAUGUACAUCAACUGAGAAAAUUGAUUCUUAAUGGACCCGAUUUUCAUCCGGGUGCAAAUUUUGUCGAAUUAGAAGAUGGCACAAUUCGACGACUAUUACCAAAUAAUUUAUCACAACGUCAGGCUGUUGCUAAGUUAUUAUUGACAAAAGAAAAACAAAGUGCACAAAAUACGAUUAUGACAAGAAAACGAGUUUAUCGUCAUUUACGUAAUGGUGAUUUUGUACUUGUUAAUCGUCAACCCACAUUACAUCGUCCAAGUAUCCAAGCACAUAUGGCUCGUGUAUUACCUGGUGAAAAAACACUUCGUUUACAUUAUGCACAAUGUAAAUCGUACAAUGCCGAUUUUGAUGGUGAUGAAAUGAAUGUCCAUUUAUUACAAAAUGAAGUGGCUAGAGCAGAAGCAGCACAUUUAAUGAUUGCAUACAAUCAUUAUUUGGUACCAAAAGAUGGUACACCAUUGACCGGUCUUAUUCAAGAUCAUGUAGUGUCGGGUACAAGUUUAACAUUUAGAGAUCGAUUUUUUGAGAAAUCCGAUUAUCAACAAUUAGUUUUUAGUUCCAUCGGUGCUUAUUCAAAACGAAAAAUUCGAACAUUGCCACCAACUAUAUUGAAACCAAAAGAAUUGUGGACUGGAAAACAGAUCAUAUCGACAAUUUUAUUGUAUAUUCAACCACCGAAUGAACAGUCAUUAAAUCUUGAUAGUAAAUCAAAAUUAGCAAUGAAGUCUUGGCCAUCUAAAAGUUCAUCACAAUCAUCUUAUUAUAAUGAUUUGAUGUCUGAUACGGAUGUUCUAAUUCGUCGUGGUCACCUAUUGUCUGGUUUGAUUGAUAAAGCUCAUUGUGGUUCUACUCUAGCAUCUGUGGUACAUUGUUAUUAUGAAUUAUAUGGCAAGAAAUAUGCAGCCGAUUUGUUAUCAGCAUUUUCAAAAUUAUUCACUAUAUUUCUACAAUAUUAUAAAGGAUUUACACUUGGCAUUGAGGAUGUACUAUUAUUAUCACCCGGUUUAAUAAAACGUCGUGAAUUAAUUGAUGAAUGUCGUGCAAAUGCUGGCCGUAAAGCUUUACAAAAAACAUUUCAAACUGAUGAAGAUCAAGAUGAUCAAUCAUUAAUGAAUAAAUUUUCAGAUGCAUUUUGUUCAUUAAAUUUUGCUAAAGAAAUAUCGAAAGAAAUGGAUUUAAAUUAUAAAACAUCUAUUGAUGAAUAUCAAAAUCAAAUAAUUAAACAUUGUAUGGCUAAUUUAUUUAAAACAUUUCCCGACAAUAAUUUACAAUUUUUAAUUCAAAGUGGUGCCAAAGGUUCAGCAGUAAAUGCCAUUCAAAUAUCAUGUUUAUUAGGACAACAAGAAUUGGAAGGAAAACGACCACCAUUAAUGCCAAGUGGAAGAACUUUACCUUCAUUUCAACCAUACGAUUUUUCACCAAGAUCUGGAGGAUUUGUUGAUGGAAGUUUUUUAUCUGGAAUAAGACCACAAGAAUAUUUUUUUCAUUGUAUGGCUGGAAGAGAAGGUUUAAUUGAUACUGCUGUGAAAACAGCUCGUAUUGGAUAUUUACAACGUUGUCUAAUGAAACAUUUAGAAGGUCUUGUUGUUAAUUAUGAUUUGACCGUUCGAGAUAGUGAUGGAAGUGUUAUACAAUUUCAAUAUGGUGAAGAUGGUUUAGCUGUGGACAAAUGUACAUAUUUAAAAGAACAAUAUUAUCCUUUUUUAAUUAAUAAUUAUUCAUCAGUUGUUAAACAAGAUGAACUAUCACAUAUUCGUAAAUAUUGUUAUAAUAAAAAAGUCAUUAAACAAUUAAAAAAAAUUCGAAAAUGGAGACUAAAAACGAAACUACUUGCCGAAGAACAAGAUCCAACCAAAGUUCGAAUUACACCAUUUACCCAUUUUACACGUUAUUUUGAUUUGUCUGAAAUUAUGAAACAGAAAGAAAAUGAUUUAAUUGAUACUAAUAAAGCACGACAGACACUUGUUGAUACAUGGCGAGCAAUGUCCGAUGAAGAUCAACAAAAAUAUGAUCAUGGUGUUGUAAAAUUCUAUUCACCAAUUACACUCAACUAUUUACCAACAUCAAAUCUAGGUGCAAUAACGGAACAUUUAGAUGAUUUAAUUCAACAUUAUAUUCAAAAAUAUGGCAAUGAACAAUAUCAAUUAUCAUCAAAACAAUUUCUAAGAGAAAUAACAUCCGAUCAAUUUGAAACAAUGUUACAUCUAAAAUCGUUGAAAUCAUGUGUUGAUCCUGGUGAAUCGGUUGGUAUUUUAGCAGCACAAUCUAUUGGUGAACCAUCAACUCAAAUGACACUGAAUACAUUUCAUUUUGCUGGUCGUGGUGAAAUGAAUGUCACAUUAGGUGUACCCCGUUUACGUGAAAUUCUAAUGGUUGCGUCGACACGAAUUAAUACACCGAUGAUGGAAGUACCCAUAUUAACCAAUUCGUUGAAAAAGGCAAAAAAAUUACAAAAACGUUGGUCACGUAUCCUAUUUCGUGAAGUGAUAUCCAAUGUUUCCAUUAAUGAACGUUUAAUUCUCACAAAAACAGAACCACAGGUGCGUGAAUGUCAAGUAAAAUUUGAAUUUUUUAAACAACGUUCGCAUAGCGGACUGAAAUAUUCAGAAAUUCUCAAAGCAUUUGAACAUAAUUUUUUGGCAAAAUUAGUUCGAGUAAUAAAUAAAAAAAUUAAAGAAUUAACAACAUCAAGUUUAUUGAGAUCAGCACAUGUACGAGAUAUUAUAAAAACAACUAGUGGACGAAAAGAUGAUGAUGAAGGAACAGAUGGCACUGAAAAACAAACAAAACUUGAUGACGAUUUAGAUGAUGAAGAUGUUGGUGAUGCGGGUGAAGCGAAUGCUGCUAAAGAAAAGUCGAAUCGAAAUGAUGAAAAAGAAUAUGAGGAUGGUAAUGAAGAAGAAAAAGAAGAGGAACAAGAUGAUGAUGAAAAAGAAGAACUUCCCAUAAAAAAAGAAGAAAAAACAGAAAAUGAUGAAAUGAUUGAUGAUGGAUACGAUUUGGAACCGGAUACAGAACAACCACUUAACAGUGAACAGAUUGAUAUGGAUGAGAAUGAAACAGCAUCAAACGGCCCAACGACAAUUGAUCGAAACGAACUUGGACAAGCGUCAUCAAAACGAACGAAAAAUGAUAAAAUUAUUAAUGAUAGAACAAAUUUUGUUUUCAAUUAUGCUGAUUACAUUAGCGAUUAUUUAUAUUGUUCCGAAACUGAAUCAUGGUGUUCAGUCACGUUUAAAUUUCCUUGUAAUCAACCACGAAUCGAUUUGGAAACACUCAUUCGUCAAGAACUUUCACGUAUUCCGAUUACAUCCAUUCAAGGUAUUAAUCAUUGUUUUAUCAGCGACUCGAAAGAAAAUAAAGGUGAAUAUUUAUUAACAACAGAAGGUGAAAACAUUCGUGCACUCUUUGUCUACUACGAAGUAUUUGAUUUAAAACGUCUUUAUACAAAUAAUAUUCAUGUAAUGGCAUCCACGUUUGGUAUUGAGGCGGCUAAUAGAACUUUAAUACGAGAAAUAAAUCGUGUUUUUGGAGCAUAUGGAAUUGAAGUGGAUUAUCGACAUUUAUCAUUGUUAGCCGAUUAUAUGACGUACGAAGGUGUUUAUAAAGCGUGUAAUCGAAUUGGUUUGAAAACAAAUUCAUCACCGUUACAAAAGAUAACUUUUGAAACAUCAACCACUUAUUUGAAAGAAGCGAUUUUACAUGGCGAACGAGAAGAAUUGAAAUCACCGUCGGCUCGAUUAGUGACUGGUCGUAUGGUACAAUGUGGUACAGGUUUAUACAAAACUUCGAAACAUGAUCCACGUUUUCAUUUGUACAAAUUACGUGAUUCACUUGAAAUUGGUUGGACGUAUUAUUCAGAAAAACAAAUUGAUCAGAUUUUUUCAAAUUUGACCAUUUAUUAUCCGGGUUCCGAUUAUCAUACAAUAAAUAAGAAUUCAAUUCAUUUUGCUAAAUUUCUUUUGGAACAAUUAUUCAAUAUUGAUCGUAAUGAAAAAGUAAAAAUUGUAAAAUUUCCAAAUUAUUUAGAUCGUGUACGACGUCUCACAAGACUAUUUCCAUUUCUACAAUCGUUUGAUAAUGAAAAGGAAAUAGCUGAAAUCAAUAUUUUAUAUUUUUUAUAUAUGAGAUAUGAUGGUGAUGUCGCAAGAAUAUGUCAAGAUUUAUUAUGUAAUACAAUUGAAAAGUUAAAACGUUGUAUCCAUUUAAUUGAGAAGGGUAUCAAACGGAAUGAAUUGCCUAUCACUGAAAAGUUUACGUUAUUUGAGAAGAAAAGUGCAUGCGAUUGUUUAAACGUUAUUGAUCGUAAUUCACAAGUCGCUCAAAUUAAGGAGAGAAAAGGCAAAGAUCAACAGAGUGGUUACGAUCAAAUAACUCUUACCGAAAUAUUUCAUCAAUUUGAUACAAUUACCCUUCGUGGUCGUACAUCGGUUGAUCGCUAUUUAAACAUUCAACUAGCCAAUAAUGUUGUAACAAAUUUUGAACAUUCUCAACCUACUCGUGCUCAAACUCUUGCAAGAAGUGAUGGCAUAGGAGGAAGUGGAGGGAGUCUGCAUCGAAAAACUAUUGAAAUUCCACAAACUAGUCGUAAAGAAGUUCGUCUUUUACCAGAUCGAAAUGAUCGAGCUGUGCAAAUUAUAUCACUAAGACGAUAUCAAUAUCCUCAUCACAGUGGCAGGUACGAUCAUAUGUGA